CGUGGGGCGGCAGGCGGCGUGCGGCAACUCGCCCAAGAACCACAACGUAUAAAGUAGCGCGCCACGUGGGUCACCGUGUAUACACAAGUGUGGCAAGGCGAGGGGCGUGUGUGAGUCGCGCACGGGACUGCAUCACUUGGCUCCCCGCACACCCUCCCCAGCCCCACAUACCUUCCAUCCCGCACUCACACUCCCUUCUAGUCCGUGUACACAUAUAAGAGUGUACACCCUCACCUGACGUGUACACCCAAUCAAAAACGUGUAAACCUUCCUGUGUAUACCAUUCGAAGUCUGCAUACGCUUCCCGCAACCCUUCAAGCACUCGUGUAUAAUAUCUCCGUGACCAACUAAUCUAGUCAGCGAGGAGGAAGUCGCAAUGAGACCGCACAGUGUCACGCUCACGGGCCUCCUGCUCUCCCUGCUUCCCUUCCUGCUGGCGGUGUCCGGGCAGGCGCUACCGAACUUCGUGGCGCAAGAUGACCUAAACGACGGCCAGCACGAGAUACGCAUCCACUACAACGGCAUCUCGGCAAAGCAGACCUCCGUGCGCCGCGACCAGGGCAGCGACAGCGGACUGGUGCUGCGUCAGAUCCACCACCACCACCGCCUCCUGACGAUGGUGUACGUGGGGGAGGCCGCCGAUGACCUGAGCGUGGACGGACUUUCCCUGCGUGACUGUCGCUUGUCAGGAGACGCGGGCGAAGUGUCGGAAUUCCUGGAGAAGUUUGAGGAGGACGCCGCUGUCGCCAGGACCACUGCAGCAGGUGAAUGGUCCGGCUCCCUCAACAACGUGACCUUCGUGCACCUCAACGAGGAGGAGGAGCUGCCCCAGUACCUGCGGCCCGUCCUUCACUUCAAGAAGCUCCGCGCACAGUGCAGAGAACACCGGCGGAGCGUAAAGAGGGCGGUGAGGGCACAGCGGCGACAGGAGAGACGCAACAACCACCACCACAGCAAUAACCACCACCACGCUGCGGCAGAGGGAGAGACCACCGCCGCCACCCACAGCCGUCAGUCCCACUCCAGGCGGAAGCGGUGGAUCCUCAAGGAGUUCUUCAUCCUGCCGGGGACCAAGUGGUGUGGAAACGACGACCUGGCUACCUCCUUCAGCGACCUGGACGGCCACAUGGGCGCGGACAAGUGCUGCAGGAAACACGACAAGUGCCCUCUCAACAUUGCCGGCAUGGCCUACAAGUACGGCGCCUACAACAGUCACCCCACCACUGUGUCCCACUGCAUUUGUGACGAGAGGUUCAAGGCGUGCCUUAAGAUGACGGGCACCGCGGCAGCUGACCUGGUCGGGGACGUAUUCUUCAACAAGAUGAAGACCAAGUGCUUCAGUCUGGAGAAGAAGAAGGUGUGCACCAAAUGGGCCUCGUGGUUCGGGCCGUGCACCAAGUAUUCCAUCAAGCAGGUGGCGGUGCUCAGGGACAACGUAGCCUACAAGUUCUGAGUUGGCUCUUCCACUCCCUGACCCUCUCACUCCAGCCGCUCCAGUUCCUCUGCUGCUCCCCGGCGGCAAUAAGACUCAAGCACAAGGUGUCCAAGCAGCCUCUCAGUCCUGAUGGAUUCUCUCUCCGCUGGUUCCGCGCCUCACUCAAGUGCUCCUCCUCCCCAUCCUUGGAGGAGGAGACGAAGGCACUGCGCCCAUCUGUUACCCAGCCAACGAGUGACCUUUUCUCCAACUCUAUGUAACUGUCAUCCACCCACCAAGGAGCCCUCGUAUCCACUCUCAACUGUCUCUAGUGAAGACAUGCUUUCCUGCUUUCGUCCCUUCCCCCUAGUUACCUAGUACUUCGCUGGCCACCACCUCCCCUCUACCCACUCCCCGUGCCAUAUUAAGAUGAGGUUCCUCGGUGCUCCACUAUCAAGGUACCUGACGAAGAAGCUCUGCUACCGAUAAUAAGUCUUCAGUUGAGAUUGCGUCCAUCAAUGAGCCAAUACUUAGAGACAGAUAACAGAUAGAGAGCUCUCACAAGAACAUAAGAAGAUAACAGGCCCAUUCAGACUUUUUCUUUAAUAAAGUAAUGAAACAUAUCAAACAAGAUCCGCAAACAUCUUAAGGUAUUUUGUCCAUGGAUUUGUUUGGUGUCGGGAUGAGAGUAAUGCCUCACUACCUUACUGUUAUUUACACACCCUAAUCCACGCGAGUUGAUUGAGCUAACUGACGAGGGGCCAGUCACAGAUGGAGAUGUACAGUUAGUAUUUAUUUGUUGUAUGGUAAGGACGCAGAGAGAUAGCGUGUCACCAAGCGGCGCAGCGUGUCACCAAGGGGCGCAGCGCGGUGCUUCAAGGGGAUGAAUAAGAAGUAACAAACGACUGUGUUCGGCGAAACUUUUGGCAAUAAGUGAAUGACUGUGAGUGUGAUGCCGGGACCCGUGUGUUAUAUAGUACCAAAGCGAUCACCACCACCACCAUCACCAGUCACCACCAUCACAUCCAUUCAUCCAUCAUAUCACAACACCAUGCCCAUGUCACCACCACCACUUCUCUCUUCAUCACCACAUGUCACCACCACACAUCACCAUCCGAGCGCUGCUGUUGCGACGUCCGUUAACAAGUCAUCCUUUCUUAUUGUAAACUACCAUUGUGUACAGUGAAGUGCGGCUCUGCAGGGAGGCAUUAUGCUGUGAAGGAAACCCUGAAGCCAAGGAGUGACCGACGGAGAAUGACUGUAUAUAGAUCACCUCUUGUAGCGAGAGAGAGAGAGAGAGAGAGAGAGAGAGAGAGAGAGAGAGAGAGAGAGAGAGAGAGAGAGAGAGAGAGAGAGAGAGAGAGAGAGAGAGAGUGUGUGUGUGUGUGUGUGUGUGUGUGUGUGUGUGUGUGUGUGUGUGUGUGUGUGUGUGUGUGUGUGUGUGUGUAGGCUGUAGUUAAGAAGUGUUGUGUGUAGUAAAGACAUGUAAAUAUAGUACGUAAGUUAUGAGGACAGUGACAGAGGAGGAGGAGGAGGAGGAGGAGGAGGAGAAUGACAAGUACAGACAGACAUACACACAAAGCAGACCACCAACCCGUCACCUCACCACCGCGACACGCUGCAUUCUGUACAUAGAGGAAGCAGACUAAACUCGUAACAACGCAUCGCUUUAUUUUUUUGCGUACCGUAACGUUUUGUAUCGCUCGUUUUUGUCUGGUUUGUUUGAGGUGAGGAAAACAGCACUGACCGAGGCCCGUGACCCUGGGAGGUGUGAUGGUGGAGAGAGGGUUAGAAGUGAGAGGGAUGGAGUGUCGCCUCACGCUACCUCUCCCUUCCCUCUCCUCUCCCUCUCUCCCAUAUGCUGGUGAGAGGAUGAUACUCCUCCCUCAUGACAUCGCCUCCCUCCCUGGGCCACUGUCGCCCUGGUCGUGCCCUUCGCCGUGCUGUCACCCAACAUUCCCGCAGUCUGCACCGGGCGUUCCUAUAAGGAGAGGUCCCGUGCCGCCCUCUGCCAUGUACAGUAUUACUCUACUUGUAGGAUUAAGCAAAUAAAUUUAUGAUGAAAU